AUGGAUCAAUCACGGAAAAAGGAGGACGUGGGGUCGCGUUUCCUCAACCGUAUGGGCUCGGUUUUUCGCCGCAAGCCGAGGAGGACGGAGUCUACUGUCUCCAAUAUCACCAUCGAGGAGGACGCCACCCCAACAGCGACAACCAUACCCACCACAACCAGUGGGUUUCAACCAACUACCACGACUACAAUCACCGCUGGUCCUGCGGCUACCACUACGAACCGGAACUCAGCCCCGGUAGUGCAAUGGAGCGCUAUCAAGCAAGAACGAGCCCGAGCUCUAUUCGCCAAGUACGGCCUGACCCUGGAGCCUGAAGAGUGGAUGUCGCCUCGCAACUUGGAAGUUCAGCGUGUCGAAAAGCCGAUUCGCAUGCGGGUGCGACGCAGCUGCCAUCGCUGCCAGACCACCUUUGGGUCCGACAAAGUCUGCUCUAGCUGCCAACAUGUCCGUUGCAAAAAGUGUCCUCGUCACCCGCCGCCUCGUACCAAAGAAGAAAAAGAAGCCCGCGCCCUCGCCAAGGCACAGGGCAAGGCACCAGAAAAACCCGCUGCUGCUGGUCCUUCCGGACCUGCUCCUGCAGCAGUACCUGCCAAGAAGCCGAAGCAGCUUCUCACCCUUCCGUCUCGUACUGGAGGGCAAGAUCUGGUGUACAAACAAAUCAGACAACGCGUUCGCCGAACAUGUCACCGCUGUCAAACCGUAUUCCAUGGCGACUCCAAGGAGUGUGAAAACUGUGCCCACAUUCGUUGCAAGAAGUGUCCCCGUGAUCCACCCAAACUUAGCAAAUACCCAGACGGAUACCCUGGAGACGUCGAUCCGCCCCCCGAGCGUCCUCAGCGGGUGUGGAGGAAGCCACGCAUGCGUGUACGAUACUUCUGCAACCAGUGCGAUAAUCUUUUUGUCUCGGGUGAACAAGCUUGUAGCAACUGCGGACAAGACAAGGGACCCGAGACCAGGCGAGAUCCUCCGAAGAAACAAAAACCUGAACUAGACCCCGAAGUCGUCAGGCGAGUUCAAGAACGACUUGCGAGCCUUCAAGUCAACGACGGAUAG